AUGGGCAACGAGGCGAGCCUGGAAGGGGCCGGGCUCCCGGAGGGGCUGGCGGCGGCGGCGGCGGCGGCGGCGGCCGGCGGCGGGGCCGACGGGGCGGGGAGCUGCCCGCUCGCCGCGGGCCCGGCGGGCGUGGAGGCGGACCUGAGCCGGCUGAGCGACGAGGAGCGCCGGCAGAUCGCCGCCGUCCUGUCAAGGGCGCGGGGGCUGCCCCCGGGAAGCGUGGCCCCGGCCGCGGCGGAGCCGCCUCCCUUGCACAGGAAGCAAGAAUUGGAUAGUAGUCAUCUUCCAAAGCAACCAGGAAAACCGCCAGACCCUGGACGUUCAGCUCAGCCUGGUCUCAGUAAGAGUAGAACCACAGACGCUUUGAGGUCAGAGCAGAAGUCACCUGGACGGAGUCCUUCCACUAUUAGCUUGAGAGAAUCAAAGUCUCGAACUGAUCUGAAGGAAGAGCACAAGUCUGGUAUGAUGCCUGGCUUCCUCUCAGAGGUUAACCCUUUAAGUGCUGUCUCCUCUGUUGUAAAUAAAUUCAACCCUUUUGAUUUGAUAUCAGACUCUGAUGCAUCCCAGGAAGAAACUGCCAAGAAACAAAAAAUAGCUCAGAAAGAACAAGGAAAACCUGAAGGAAUCACAAAGCCUCCAUCACAACCGUCACCUAAGCCAGGUCCUAAGCAACAAGGACCUGUGAGGGUCCCACCACAGCAGGAUGGCUCUCCCAAAUCAGUAACUUCUCAGCAACCAGAAAAAAUGAAAUCACAACCUCCAGGGACAGCAAAGCCAAUUCAGGGGCUUACCCAGGCACCUCAGACAGACCAGGCACAAUUGCCACCUCAAAGAGAUGCAACCAGGCCUCAGACUAAACAGUCAGACACUGUGAGGGGAGAAUCUGUUAAACCCUCAGUGCAAAGCCCAUCCAAACCACCUAUUCAGCAAGCAAGUCCUGGAAAACCUCCAGCCCAGCAAUCUGGACCUGAAAAAGUUGCCACACCACACCCUGGGCCUGCAAAGCCCUCAGCUCAACAGCCAGGGACAGCAAAGCCCCCAGCCCAGCCACCAGGGACAACAAAGCCUGCUCCUCAGCAGCCUGGGACAAAGUCUCCAGCUCAGCUUGUUGGGCCUGCAAAGCUGCAAGCUCAACACACUGGGUCAGAGAAACUUCCAUCUCAGCAGCCAGGGCCCGCAAAGCCCCCAACCCAGCAGCCAGGGCCAUCAAAAUCUCCAGCUCACCAACCUGGGCCACAGUCUCUGGCUCAGCCACCUGGGCCUACAAAGACUCCAUCUCAGCAGGUUGGGCCAACAAAGUCUCUGGCUCAGCAGCCUGGGCCAGGAAAAAUGCCAGCUCAGUCUCCUGGCCCAGCAAAACCCCCUCAUCAGGCUGGUCCGGCAAAGCCCCCUCCUCAACACCCUGGCCCGGCAAAGCCCCCUUCUCAACAGCCUGGCCCGGCAAAGCCCCCUCCUCAACACCCUGGCCCGGCAAAGCCCCCUCCUCAACAGCCUGGCCCGGCAAAGCCCCCUCCUCAACAGCCUGGCCCGACAAAGCCCCCUCCUCAACAGCCUGGCUCUACAAAGCCUUCACCUCAGCAGUCUGGUCCAGCAAAACCCCCUCCUCAACAGCCUGGCCCAGCAAAGCCUUCAGCUCAGCAAUCUACAAAGCCAAUAAGCCAAACAGGAGCUGGGAAACCUCUGCAGCCAUCAUCAUCUCCAUCUGCAGCACAGACUCCAGUACAAGGCCUCCCUAAAACCAUCUGUCCUCUUUGCAAUACCACUGAACUUCUGUUGCAUGUUCCAGAAAAGGCCAAUUUUAACACAUGCACUGAGUGUCAAACCACUGUAUGUAGCCUCUGUGGUUUUAAUCCCAAUCCUCAUUUAACCGAGAUAAAAGAGUGGCUCUGUUUAAACUGUCAGAUGAAAAGAGCUCUAGGAGGAGAUCUGGCUCCAGGUCCAUCAUCACCUCAGCCCAAACCGAAGACUGCCCCUGCAUCAGCUGUGAGCAAACCAUCCCCACAGCCACAGCAGAGUUCUCCAAAGAAGGAUCCUAUACCCAAACCGGAUAUCUCAAAGGCACCUGAGUCUAAGAAGCCCCCACCCCUAGUGAAACAACCAACCAUUCAUGGUUCUCCCCCACUUGCGGCCAAGCACCCUCCUGUGGCAGAGUCCUCAUCCAAGCCAGCCCCUCCCAAAGAGCCUUCGGUCCCAUCGGAGCAGGCCAAGGUCUCCACGGCUGAGGAUAAACCAAAGCAGCCCAAGACGGUAAAACCAGCCACAGAUGUGUCUUCAGCAUCAAUAGCAGCAAAGCCUGAUAUUCCAAGCUCUAGAGUGCAGUCAGAGGAUCAAGAGAUAAUAGCCCCUCCUCUCAAAACAGAUGCUGCCAAACCGUCGCAGAGUUUUCCACCAACAGGAGAAAAAGUCACCCCUGUCGAUUCUAAAGUCAUACCCCGACCUGCAUCAGAUUCAAAAAUUAUUUCACAUCCUGGGCCUAGUUCAGAGAGCAAAAGUCAAAAACAAGUGGAUCCUGUUCAAAAGAGGGAAGAACCCAAGAAAGCACAAACCAAAAUGAGUCCUAAGCCAGAUGCCAAGCCCAUGCCAAAAGGGUCACCUCCACCCCCAGGCCCACGACCUACCACUGGCCAAACUGCCCCCACAUCUCAGCAGCCCCCAAAGCCUCAGGAGCAGUCGAGACGCUUCAGUCUGAGUCUGGGAAGUAUUACGGAUGCCCCCAAAUCACAGCCCACGACGCCUCAAGAAACCGUGACUGGAAAACUCUUUGGGUUUGGAGCUUCAAUCUUCAGCCAGGCAUCAAAUUUAAUCUCCACAGCAGGCCAGCCUGGGGCCCAGUCUCAGAGUGGGCCUGGGGCCCCAGCAAAGCAAGGCCCUCCCCCUUCGCAGCCACCUCCUCAGGGGCCACCCAAAUCCAUGGGCCAGAUGCCCCCAGUGCCUGCAAAGGUUAUACCUGUGAAAAAAGAAACAAAAGCUCCAGUGGCUGAUAAAUUAGAGCCCAAAGCUGAACAAGUUCCAACUGUAAAAAGAACAGAAACAGAAAAGAAGCCUCUGCCUGUCCAGGAUAGCAAAUCUUCAGCAGCUGAGCCUCAAAAGACUGUCCUUGCCCCCAAAUUGGAGGAAGCCUCCAAACCAGAAUCAACUUGUCCUCUCUGCAAAACUGAACUCAACAUAGGUUCUAAGGAUCCCCCUAACUUCAGUACUUGCACUGAAUGCAAGAAUCAAGUGUGUAAUCUCUGUGGAUUUAACCCUACACCACACUUGACUCAGAUUCAAGAAUGGCUUUGUUUAAAUUGCCAAACCCAGAGAGCACUAUCAGGACAGCUUGGCGAUAUGGGCAAGAUGCCACUUACACCCUCAGGACCAAAAGCCACUCCUAUGCCUGUCCCUCCAGAACAACCAUCUCCCAAAACAGCAAUGCCUAUCCAAGUAAAAAUGAAAAAGAAGGAACAAGAAGUCAAAAUGGAAGCUGAGCAGAUCAUUCCAGAAAAAGUGCAAGAAAUACUGUCAGUUGAAAAGAUUGUCCCAAAGGCAACCACAGAUCAGAAACAAGAGGGUAAACUAGAGAAAGACAAAACUUCAGCCCCUCAAGAAAAACAGCCACCCCCUGAAGACAAAAAGCCACUCCCAGAAGAAAAAAAACCACCUCUUGAAGAAAAAAAGCCAGCCUCUGAAGACAAAAAGUUACCCCCAGCAACAAAACCAUCAGCUCCAGAGAAGGAACAGAAACAAGACUUAGUUAAAACUCAAGUACCAACUGCUGAAGAAAAGCCUGCGGGCAGAGUGGCUCCACAGGUGGUAGAGGAGGAGCAACCCCAGACCCAGACCGAGAUGGAAGAUAAACUCCCUGGUUCACCCCCAAGUUCGCCCAAGGAAGAUGAUGAGGUGACUCAAAAAGUGAAAGAACAGCCCCAGGCAGCACGCACCACGAAGCCACAUCAGGUGGAACAUGGGAGAGAAAAAACAGAAAAGGAAGAUGACAAAUCAGACACUUCAAGUUCUCAGCAACCAAAAAGCCCGCAAGGUCUGAGUGACACAGGAUACUCUUCUGAUGGGAUAUCAAGUUCACUUGGUGAAAUUCCAAGUCUUAUUCCAAGUGACGAAAAAGAUUUGCACAAGGUUCUCAAAAAGGACUCUUUUUCCCAAGAAAGCAGCCCCUCCAGCCCCUCAGACUUGGCUAAGUUAGAGAGCACGGUCCUCUCCCUUCUGGAGGCUCAGGCAAGCACCCUCGUGGCGGAGAAGCCCCACGGGAACAGCCAGCCUCCGGAGGUUUGUUGCGGGCUGCCCGUGGGUUCCCGGGCGGAGACCCCGGCGGCGGGACAGGAGUUGGCGAGGCGCGCGGGGGAAGGGGAGCCUUCCACGCAGGACGGCCGCCAGGACGUGCCUUCCACGCAGGACGGCCGCCAAGAUGUCCCUUCCAUGCAGGACGACCGCCGGGACGUCCCUUCCACGCAGGACGGUCGACGGGACAUGCCUUCCACGCAGGACGGUCGACGGGACGUCCCGUCCAUGCAGGACGGUCUCCGACACGUCCCUUCCACGCAGGACGGUCUCCGAGAUGUCCCUUCCACGCAGGAUGGGCGCCGGGAUGUCCCUUCCACGCAGGACGGCCGCCGGGACGUGCCCUCCACGCAGGACUAUGGAGGGCAGUUGGCGUGGGUCGGGGCCGCGCGGCCCCUAAGGCCGCCCCCCGAGUGCGCGGAGGGCCACAGCGACAGCGAGAAGCCCCCGGGGCCCCCGAGAGAGCGCGGGGCCGGCGCAGGCUCAUCCAGCAGCGAGGAUGGUAGGCGGGAGGACAGCCCGGGCUCCGGGGACGACGGCGGCCUGGGAGGUGAACCAGCCGCGGACGCGAGCGCCGACGAGGACGCCUCGGGGUCUGAGGGCGACGAACCCCCCGGCAGCCACCUCCCGGACGUGCGCAGCGCUGACGGCCGCCCGAGGGAAGAGCCCAGGGGCAAGGCGAGGGCGGCCGCGGGCAAGCACCGGCGAGCCAGCCGCAGGAGCGCCGCAAGCCUCGACGGCGAUGCGGGACGACGCCACUCGUGGCACGAUGACGACGAUGACAUGUUCGACGACAGCCCCGAGCCGAGGUACAGAGAGACCACGAGUCAGGACAGCGACGAGCUCAUCGUGGCCGGAGGAGGCGGUCUUCGGCGCUUCAAAACCAUAGAGCUGAACAGCGCGACGGCGGAGCGCUACGGCCCGGAGCCCGCGCGCAGAGCCACAGUGUUGGACUUCGAUGAGGAGCCAGAACUGGAAAUGGAGAGCCUGACGGACUCUCCAGAAGACAGGUCACGGGGGGAAGGGUCCUCCAGCCUUCACGCUUCCAGCUUCACUCCCGGCACAUCCCCGACGUCGGUGUCCUCCCUUGAUGAGGACAGUGAUAGUAGCCCGAGCCACAAAAAGGGAGAGAGCAAGCAGCAACGGAAAGCUCGGCACAGGUCGCACGGCCCCCUUCUGCCCACCAUCGAGGACUCCUCAGAGGAGGAAGAGCUGAGAGAGGAGGAAGAGCUGCUGAAGGAGCAAGAAAAGCAGCGGGAAUUGGAACAGCAACAAAGAAAGACUUCUAGUAAGAAAUCAAAGAAAGACAAAGAUGAACUUCGAGCUCAGAGGAGGAGGGAGAGACCAAAGACCCCACCCAGUAACCUCUCUCCCAUUGAAGACGCAUCUCCCACAGAAGAGUUACGUCAGGCCGCAGAGAUGGAGGAGCUCCAUCGGUCCUCUUGUUCCGAAUACUCACCUAGCAUAGAGUCAGACCCGGAAGGUUUUGAAAUAAGCCCAGAGAAAAUAAUAGAAGUCCAGAAAGUGUAUAAAUUGCCCACAGCUGUGUCUUUGUACUCCCCAACCGAUGAGCAGUGUCUCAUGCAGAGAGAAGACGGCCAAAAGGCAUUAAAAAGUGCUGAGGAGAUGUAUGAAGAAAUGAUGCACAAAACCCACAAGUACAAGGCUUUUCCAGCUGCAACGGAACGAGAUGAAAUGUUUGAAAAAGAGCCUUUGUAUGGAGGAAUGUUAAUAGAGGACUAUAUUUACGAAUCUCUAGUGGAGGACACAUAUAAUGGUUCGGUAGAUGGAGGCCUACUAACGAGGCAAGACGACGAAAACGGCUUUCUGCAACAGAGAGGGAAAGAGCAAAAAGUAAGGAUUCCGGAACAGAUUUAUGAAGAUCCUAUGCAAAAAAUAACAGACCUCCAGAAAGAGUUUUACGAAUUGGAAAGCUUACAUUCUCUUGUGCCUCAAGAAGACAUCGUUUCAAGCUCUUACAUCAUCCCAGAAAGCCACGAGAUAGUGGAUCUGGGUAGUAUGGUAACUUCCACCAGUGAAGAAAAGAAGUUACUAGAUGCCGAUGCUGCCUAUGAAGAGCUCAUGAAGAGGCAGCAGCAGAUGCAGUUCCCACCUGGGUCCGGUCCAUCCCCCCCCAUCACGGAUGACAUCACAGAAUCUACUGUGGACUUUGACAGGAUGCCCGAUGCUUCUUUGACAUCAAGUGUUCUCUCGGGAGCAUCUCUCACAGAUUCCACCAGCAGCGCAACGCUCUCCAUCCCCGAUGUCAAAAUAACCCAACAUUUUUCAACAGAAGAAAUUGAGGAUGAAUAUGUAACUGAUUAUACGAGGGAGAUUCAAGAGAUAAUUGCCCAUGAGUCACUGAUUUUGACCUACUCCGAGCCUUCAGAAAGUGCCACAUCUGUCCCGCCCUCCGACACACCCUCUCUCACAUCAUCUGUGUCUUCAGUUUGUACCACAGAUAGCUCCUCACCCAUCACUACCUUGGAUAGUAUAACCACAGUUUAUGCGGAGCCUGUGGACAUGGUGACUAAGUUUGAAGAUUCUGAGAUUUCUUCAUCAACAUAUUUUCCUGGCAGCAUUAUCGACUAUCCGGAAGAAAUAAGUAUAUCUUUAGCUCGGACUGCCCUACCGGAUGGAAGAGCGAGUGCUGAUCAUAUCGUGAUUUCCUUAUCUGAUAUGGGACCGUCUCUCGAACCUGUAGGAACUGAACCCGAGGGGCUCAUUGCUGACACUAUUUCCACUGACUUAUCUACAUCUGAAAAAGACCCAGUGAAGAAAGCCAAGAAGGACACCGGGAAUGGAAUUAUUCUUGACGUUUUGGAAGCUUACAGAGAUAAAAGGGAGAAGUCUGAGGUUGAACCCACAAAAAUUGGCUUAUCUGAAACCGGGUUUGAUCAGCCUCCUUCUCCUGCUAUUGCAGUGGAGGAGCAGGUUCCAGCGACACGCUUGCUGUCUGGACAGGUCUUUGAUCAAGCUAAACCUGCACCUCCCUUGCCAUCUGGCAGCCCUUCUGUUAGCUCUCUUCCGACUAAAACUCGUCCAUUCUUUAGAAGUUCUUCUGUGGAUGCAUCAGCCCAACCUCCUCCACCUCCUCCCCCGCCCCCUCCACCUCCUCCCCCACCCCCUCCUCCUCCUCCUCCACCCCUUCCUCCACCAACCUCACCUAAACCAGCUGUUCAUCCUAAAAAAAAGGUAAUCGCUACAGCUCCGGUGACUCUAACUCCUACAGCUACACCGCCAGCUGAUGUUGUUACUGCAGCAGAGGCCGCGGCCAUUCCAAGAGGUAGUGGGUUACCCAUAACAAAAAUAUGUACCCCUGCACCUCCUCCUGUUCCUCCUAAACCAUCUUCCAUCCCGUCUGGCCUUGUGUUUACACACAGACCUGAGCCAAGUAAACCUCCAAUUGCCCCCAAACCAGCAGUUCCUCAGCUUCCAGUAACGACACAAAAACCAGCAGAUACACACCCCAAACCGGCAGGUCUAUCUUUAACUUCAAAUAUGACACUAAAUUUAGUGACUUCAGCAGAUUAUAAAUUACCUUCCCCUACAUCCCCACUUUCCCCUCACUCUAACAAGUCCUCCCCGAGAUUUUCCAAAUCCCUCAUGGAAACCUAUGUGGUUAUCACGUUGCCAUCUGAACCCGGGACUCCAACAGAUUCUUCAGCCAGUCAGGCAAUCACCAGUUGGCCCCUGGGGUCACCCCCCAAAGACCUGAUUUCCAUCGAACCAGUGUUUUCUUUAGUUCCUCCUCUGACCACGGCGGGAAUGCCCAGUUCUGCAGCACCAAGCUUGUACCUCUCAGGAUCUCUGGGGACAUUGUCUGCUCUCCCGGUCACAACCUUGUCUUCAUUUCAAGCAGCCCCAACCUCGGAGACACAGUUUUUCACAGCUGAAGUUUCUCAGGCCGAGGUUUCAGCAGCCAGAAGUGCAGUCCCCGGUGUUGGUCUCAGCAGUGUCCCGAUCUCAGUUUCCCCAGAGCCUCUUGCUCUCGACAAGCGUCAGCCUAAGGAAAACGGGAAGGUGCAGCUUGUGGGCGAUGCCAUUGAUUUGCGAACGGUACCAAAAGGAGAGGUGCAGGUGCCUGACAAGGGUGUGGAUCUUUCCGCUGCCACCGUAGAUCUGAAGAGGCAGAGCGCCGCAAGUGACGUUUAUGGCAGGCAGAUUAGUGCUGUCCAGCCCUCCGUUAUAAAUCUCAGCACAACUCCGUCAGCAGCGACGCCGAUGGCCCUGCUCGCAGAGUCCGCGACCGUGGUCGCGGGCACUGCUGGUUCAAGUCACGCUGUGGCCGCGGAAAGCCUGGUGGGCCUAGAACGUGGGACGACUGCACCGCUCCAGCUCACGACAUCAAAGCCCGCUGAGCCCACGUACAAGAUGCCAAGUGGCCAGGCCUUCCCUGCUGCUAGGGAGGACGCGCCGAUAAACUUAUCUUUAGGCCCUUCGGCACACCCGGUGACUUCAGCUCUUCCAAAACCUGUCACUGUGCCUCCUGCUGGUGUCACAAAUGGAUGGACUGAUAGCAUCACAUUGCAGGGCAUCCCUGAUGGGGAGGUGGUGGACCUCAGUACAACAAAGUCGCACAGAACAGUUGUGACAAUGGACGAAUCCACUUCGGGUGUGGUGACCAAGAUAGUGGAAGAUGAUGACAAGCCUGUUGAUCUGACUGCAGGAAGAAGAGCUGUGUGCUGUGAUAUGGUUUACAAGUUACCCUUCGGAAGGAGCUGCACGGCACAGCAGCCUGCCACUACUCUUCCUGAGGAUCGUUUUGGCUAUAGGGAUGACCACUAUCAGUACUAUCGAUCAGGGCCCUAUGGUUAUAGAGGGAUUGGGGGAAUGAAACCUUCCAUGUCCGACACUAAUUUAGCGGAAGCUGGACAUUUUUUCUAUAAAAGUAAAAAUGCUUUUGAUUAUUCCGGAGGCACUGAUGCAGCAGUAGAUCUGACUUCAGGGAGAAGUACUACAGGUGAGGUAAUGGAUUAUUCAAGCAAGACCACAGGUCCCUAUCCAGAAACACGGCAAGUCAUUUCAGAAGUUGGGAUUAGUACCCCACAGUAUUCCACAGCAAGAAUGACUCCACCUCCAGGAUCCCAGUAUGGUGUGGGGAGCGUUCUGAGGUCAUCGAAUGGUGUCGUCUAUUCUUCAGUAGCAACCCCAAUUCCCUCCACAUUUGCUAUCACCACACAACCUGGCUCCAUUUUCAGCACCACGGUGAGGGAUUUGUCUGGCGUGCACACAGCUGACGCCGUGACUUCGUUAUCCGCUCUGCACCAGAGCCAGCCGAUGCCUAGAUCCUAUUUCCUAACAACAGGUGCCUCUGAAACAGACAUCGCGGCACCUGGUAUUGAUAUCAGUGCCAGUUUGCAGACCCUUACGAUGGAGACUCUGACUGCUGAGACGAUAGACUCAGUUCCCACUUUAACCACAGCAUCCGAAGUGUUUUCUGAAGUGGUGGGAGAUGAAACUGCUAUUUUAAUUGUACCCGAAGAAGAUAAACAGCAGCAGCAGCUCGACUUGGAGCGUGAGCUCCUGGAACUGGAGAAAAUUAAGCAACAGCGUUUUGCCGAGGAACUGGAGUGGGAGCGUCAGGAAAUUCAAAGGUUCCGGGAACAAGAAAAGAUCAUGGUUCAAAAGAAGCUGGAGGAGCUGCAGUCUAUGAAGCAGCACCUUCUCUAUCAGCAAGAAGAGGAGCGGCAGGCCCAGUUCAUGAUGAGGCAGGAGACCUUAGCUCAGCAACAGCUACAGCUGGAGCAGAUCCAGCACCUGCAGCAGCAGCUUCACCAGCAGCUGGAAGAGCAGAAGAUUCGCCAGAUCUACCAGUAUAACUACGACCCUUCUGGAACUGCAUCUCCCCAAACGACCACGGAGCAGGCGAUGCUGGAAGGGCAGUAUGCUGCCCCGGAAGGGAGUGCGUUCUGGGCUCCUGAGGACGCCACCACCACCGCCUCGGCCGUCGUGGCGAUCGAAAUUCCCCAGAGCCAGGGCUGGUACACAAUGCAGUCUGAUGGUGUGACCCAGUACAUCGCCCCACCUGGCAUCCUUAGCACCGUCUCAGAAAUCCCUCUGACAGAGGUGGUGGUCAAGGAGGAGAAGCAGCCCAAAAAGAGAAGUUCUGCAGCGAAAGCCCGUGGACAGUAUGAGGAAAUGGGGGAACCCGAUGACCCCCGCGGCUUUAAAAAGAUAGUGGACAGCGGCGUGCAAACCGACGACGAGGACGCAGCAGACCGGAGCUAUGUGAGUAGGAGGCGGAGAACCAAAAAGAGUGUUGAUACAAGUGUCCAAACUGAUGAUGAAGAUCAGGAUGAAUGGGAUAUGCCUACUAGAGCGAGGAGGAAAGCUCGAGUAGGCAAGUACGGGGACAGCACUGUGGAUGCUGACAAGAGCAAACCCCUUUCCAAGGUCGCCAGUAUAGCAGUUCAGACAGUAGCCGAGAUUUCUGUGCAGACUGAACCCGUUGGAACCAUAAGAACACCGUCAGUACACGCACGCGUGGAUGCCAAGGUAGAAAUAAUUAAACACAUUUCAGCCCCUGAAAAGACUUACAAAGGGGGCAGCUUAGGAUGUCAAACAGAAGCAGAUUCAGACACACAGAGUCCUCAGUAUCUGAGUGCCACCUCUCCACCCAAAGACAAGAAACGCCCAACACCUUUAGAGAUUGGUUACUCAUCUCACCUUCGGGCAGAUUCCACAUUACAGCUGGCUCCUUCCCCACCCAAAUCUCCAAAAGUCCUUUAUUCACCCAUCUCACCACUUUCACCAGGCAAAGCCUUAGAAUCAGCCUUUGUACCUUAUGAAAAACCCCUCCCUGAUGAGAUAAGUCCACAGAAAGUACUGCAUCCAGACAUGGCUAAAGUGCCCCCAGCAAGUCCUAAGACAGCCAAGAUGAUGCAGCGGUCCAUGUCUGACCCCAAGCCUCUGAGUCCAACAGCAGAUGAAAGUUCCAGGGCUCCUUUUCAGUAUACCGAGGGCUACACGACAAAAGGUUCUCAAACCAUGACACCUUCUGGCACCCAGAAAAAAGUUAAGAGAACUCUGCCAAACCCACCCCCUGAGGAGACCUCUACAGGCACUCAGUCAACAUACAGCACAGUGGGUACAGUUUCCAGGAGGAGGAUCUGCAGAACCAACACAAUGGCACGAGCCAAGAUUCUCCAGGAUAUAGACAGAGAGCUUGAUCUUGUAGAGAGGGAAUCUGCAAAGCUGAGAAAGAAACAAGCAGAACUUGAUGAGGAAGAAAAGGAGAUUGAUGCAAAGUUACGGUACCUGGAAAUGGGAAUUAACAGGAGGAAAGAGGCAUUAUUAAAGGAGAGAGAAAAGCGAGAGCGAGCCUACCUCCAGGGAGUAGCUGAGGAUCGGGAUUACAUGUCUGACAGUGAAGUGAGCAGCGCCCGACCAACCCGAAUAGAAAGUCAGCAUGGCAUUGAGCGACCAAGGACUGCUCCCCAAACUGAAUUCAGCCAGUUUAUACCACCGCAGACCCAAACAGAAUCUCAGCUAGUCCCUCCUACAAGUCCUUAUACACAGUACCAGUAUUCUUCCCCUGCUCUUCCUACCCAAGCACCCACUCCGUACACCCAACAGUCCCAUUUUCAGCAACAGACUUUGUACCAUCAGCAAGUUUCACCUUAUCAGACUCAGCCAACAUUUCAAGCUGUGGCAACAAUGUCCUUCACACCUCAAGCUCAACCUACACCAACCCCGCAACCUUCUUACCAGUUACCAUCACAGAUGAUGGUGAUACAACAAAAGCCACGGCAAACUACAUUAUAUUUGGAGCCCAAGAUAACUUCAAACUAUGAGGUGAUUCGUAACCAACCCCUAAUGAUAGCACCUGUUUCUACUGAUAAUACAUAUGCUGUCUCCCAUCUUGGGAGUAAGUACAAUAGCUUAGACCUGAGAAUAGGAUUGGAGGAAAGAAGUAGCAUGGCAAGUAGUCCAAUAUCAAGCAUAUCUGCAGAUUCUUUCUAUGCAGAUAUUGACCAUCAUACUCCACGAAAUUACGUCCUAAUUGAUGACAUUGGAGAUAUUACCAAAGGAACGGCAGCAUUAAGCACUGCAUUUAGCCUUCAUGAAAAGGAUCUGUCAAAAACAGACCGUCUCCUUCGAUCCACUGAAACACGUAGAUCUCAAGAAGUGACAGAUUUCCUAGCACCUUUACAGACAUCCUCCAGAUUGCAUAGUUAUGUGAAAGCAGAGGAAGAUCCCAUGGAGGAUCCCUAUGAGUUAAAGCUUCUGAAACAUCAGAUUAAACAAGAAUUCCGUAGAGGAGCAGAGAGCUUAGAUCACCUUGCUGGUCUUUCCCAUUAUUACCAUGCUGAUACGGGCUAUAGACAUUUUCCAAAAUCUGAGAAGUACAGCAUUAGUAGACUCACACUUGAAAAACAAGCAGCAAAACAACUACCAGCAGCCAUACUUUAUCAAAAACAAUCAAAGCACAAGAAAUCACUAAUUGAUCCUAAAAUGUCAAAAUUUUCACCCAUUCAAGAAAGUAGAGACCUUGAACCUGAUUAUUCAAGCUAUAUGACUUCUAGCACUUCAUCUAUUGGUGGCAUUUCUUCCAGAGCAAGGCUUCUUCAAGAUGACAUCACUUUUGGCCUCAGAAAAAAUAUUACAGACCAACAGAAAUUUAUGGGCUCAUCUCUUGGCACAGGGCUGGGCACAUUAGGAAAUACCCUCCGGUCAGCUUUGCAGGAUGAAGCAGAUAAACCAUACAGUAGUGGCAGCAGAUCCAGACCUUCUUCCAGACCUUCUUCGGUCUAUGGCCUUGAUUUAUCAAUUAAAAGAGAUUCUUCUAGCUCUUCCCUAAGACUGAAAGCUCAAGAGGCUGAAGCUCUAGAUGUUUCCUUUAGUCAUUCAUCACCUUCUGGCAGAACUAAGCCUACCAGUUUACCAAUUAGCCAGAGUAGAGGAAGAAUACCAAUUGUGGCCCAGAAUUCUGAAGAAGAAAGUCCACUCAGUCCUGUUGGCCAGCCAAUGGGAAUGGCCAGGGCUGCAGCUGGACCCCUUCCACCAAUAUCUGCAGACACUAGGGAUCAGUUUGGAUCAAGUCACUCAUUGCCUGAAGUUCAGCAACACAUGAGAGAAGAAUCACGAACUCGAGGCUAUGACCGUGACAUAGCGUUCAUCAUGGAUGACUUCCAACAUGCCAUGUCAGACAGUGAAGCCUAUCACCUACGUCGUGAAGAAACAGAUUGGUUUGACAAACCCAGGGAGUCUCGUUUGGAAAAUGGACAUGGUCCGGAUCGCAAACUGCCAGAAAGAUUGGUCCACUCUAGACCAGUUAGUCAACAUCAAGAGCAAAUUAUACAGAUGAACGGGAAGACUAUGCACUACAUCUUUCCUCAUGCAAGGAUAAAAAUGACAAGAGACUCUAAGGAUCACACAGUUUCAGGUAAUGGAUUAGGAAUUAGAAUUGUGGGUGGUAAAGAAAUCCCUGGACAUAAUGGAGAGAUUGGAGCCUAUAUUGCUAAAAUUUUUCCUGGAGGAAGUGCAGAACAGACAGGGAAACUUAUGGAAGGGAUGCAAGUAUUGGAAUGGAAUGGAAUUCCUUUAACUUCUAAAACGUAUGAAGAAGUGCAGAGUAUCAUUAGUCAGCAAAGUGGGGAAGCAGAAAUAUGUGUAAGACUGGAUCUCAAUAUGCUGUCCGACUCUGAAAAUCCCCAGCAGCUGGAACUUCAUGAGCCACCAAGAGCUGUGGAUAAAGCGAAAUCCCCAGGGGUUGAUCCCAAGCAGUUGGCAGCGGAGCUCCAGAAGGUUUCACUACAACAGUCACCACUGGUUCUGUCAUCUGUUGUGGAGAAAGGAUCUCACGUUCAUUCAGGUCCUACUUCUGCAGGAUCCAGUUCCGUCCCCAGUCCUGGGCAACCAGGGUCUCCCUCAGUGAACAAAAAGAAGCACAGCAGCAGCAAGCCUACUGAUGCAACAAAGGUUGUCUCUCAUCCGAUUACAGGGGAAAUUCAGCUUCAAAUCAACUAUGAUCUCGGAAAUCUCAUAAUCCAUAUUCUCCAAGCAAGAAACCUUGUUCCUCGAGACAACAAUGGUUACUCGGACCCCUUUGUUAAAGUGUACCUUCUUCCUGGGAGAGGUCAAGUCAUGGUUGUCCAGAAUGCAAGUGCUGAGUACAAGAGGAGGACUAAAUAUGUUCAAAAAAGUCUUAAUCCCGAGUGGAAUCAAACAGUAAUUUAUAAAAGUAUCUCCAUGGAACAGCUCAAGAAGAAAACACUGGAGGUGACGGUCUGGGAUUAUGAUAGAUUUUCUUCCAAUGACUUUCUUGGUGAGGUAUUGAUUGAUUUAUCUAGCACAUCUCAUCUGGAUAACACCCCUAGAUGGUAUUCUCUCAAAGAACAGACUGAAAGCAUCGAUCAUGGCAAGUCUCAUUCUAGUCAGAGCAGCCAACAGUCUCCGAAGCCAUCUGUCAUCAAAAGCAGAAGCCAUGGUAUCUUCCCUGACCCAUCCAAGGACAUGCAGGUGCCCACCAUCGAGAAGUCGCACAGCAGCCCCGGCAGCUCCAAGUCGUCGUCCGAGGGCCACCUGCGCUCGCACGGGCCGUCGCGCAGCCAGAGCCGCAGCAGCGUCGCGCAGAGCCACCUGGACGACGCGGGCGCCGCCAUCGCCGCCGCCGAGGCCGCCGUGCAGCAGCUCCGCCUGCAACCAACAAAGCCUACCAACCACCGGCCUGCAGAAAGCUCCGUGUCCACCGGCUCCUCGGGCAGCAGCUUUGGCAGCGGGUAUAGUGUCGACAGUGAAGGGAGCAGCAGCACUGCAGGGGAAACCAAUCUAUUUCCUAUUCCAAGGAUAGGGAAGAUGGGACAGAAUGGGCAAGAGCCCGUAAAGCAGCCAGGAGGAGGAGUGGGACUAGCCGACCCUGAAGUCAAAACUCAGGUAAUGGGAGAAAUCAAGAUUGCACUGAAGAAGGAAAUGAAGACAGAUGGUGAACAACUAAUAGUUGAGAUUCUCCAGUGCAGAAAUAUCACCUACAAAUUUAAAUCUCCUGACCACUUGCCAGAUUUAUAUGUAAAAAUAUAUGUGAUGAACAUCUCUACCCAGAAAAAGGUGAUUAAGAAAAAAACGAGAGUGUGCCGACAUGAUAGAGAGCCUUCAUUCAAUGAAACGUUUAGAUUCAGCCUUAGUCCUGCUGGGCAUUCGCUUCAGAUUUUACUUUUCUCUAAUGGAGGGAAGUUUAUGAAAAAGACCUUGAUCGGUGAAGCCUGUAUCUGGCUUGACAAAGUGGAUCUCAGAAAAAGAAUAGUCAACUGGCACAAACUUUUGGUCAGUGCUACUCAAACCCAUUGAAGAAAUGUGUCUGCUCAGGGCAUAGA